AUGCUCACUGCUCUACUAUCACUUCACGACCUCGCAACUACGCCUGGGAAGCACGCAGAAACCGACCAAUUGAUUUACAAAGACUCACACCGGCCCAUUCAGACGCUCGCCGACCCGUUUAAACGCUCGCCGACCCGUUCAGACGCCCCCGACCCAUUCAGACGCGCGCCGAUCCGCUCAGACGCUCGCCGACCGGCUCAGACGCUCACCGACCCGCUCAGACGGUCGCCGACCCGCUCAGACGCUCGCCCACCCGUUAAGACGCCCCCAACCCAUUCAGAAACCCCGCCAAUCCUUUCAGACGCUCUGCAACGACUAAGCAGCCAAUUAAUCAACUUCCAGACAAAUAAGGCAAAGCGAUCAAGGGAAAACAACGCUUUGAUGCAGGAACAACUUGAGUGGAAGGACGGGUCCGUGAUUUGGCAUUGGGUCAAAUACGAACCUCACAACCUCUAUCCAAACAUCCCUUGGGUCAAUGACAAACCAACCCGUAUUCCAACUGCCGCCAAAAUCGCAUCCGCACACAAACAAGUCAGAUCAUACCGAUUUCUCACCUCCGGACUCAACGUGAUCAAGGAUCCUCUUGACAAAAAGUCUGUGAUAGCCAUUGUCGAAUUCACACCCGUCGAAGAGCUCACUAGUUCUCAAAUCGAAGAUCUCAACUACGUUUCCAAUUUUCUUCAUAAGUCUAAACGUUUUAUCAAUGGUGUUCACUCUUGUUCUCGAGUUUGGGGUGGUCUCAUGUGGGCCAUUGGCUGGAGGAAGUCAUAUGAUGAGGACCAGAUUGUAGGCCGAUACAUCAAGGCAUUCAACGAAACUGAAAUGCAGGCCUUUGAUGAACAUUACGUCAAGUCUUCUAAAGUUGGUCAAAUAAUCGGAAAUCUCUUCAAGGAUCUUGCUCACACUCCAUUCCAAGACAAUCAAGACCUCAUGAAGAAGUAUAAUAUCCCCUCCUUUCCAGACCUUGCUUACGGUGAACUUCCACAAGAGUCUACCUGCACUCCUCAUAUUACGUUUACUACCAAUGGUUUUUUUAAUCCUCUGCACAAAGACACCGAGGAUAUAUCUCAAUUUGCUUUUGUCUUGUUUCUUCCAACUCGCACUUCUGAUUACACUUUAGUAGACUCUUCCAAGUAUGACAUCAAAUCGGGGCCUUUUAUUUUCCCUGAUCACCGUAUUGGUAUUGAUUUUGAUCAUCAGCAUGGGAUUGUCAAGAUGAUAUGGCAAGCGAAUAAAUAUACUCACUGCACUAUGCCUCACUCUAAGAGCUCUCAAUUUACUCGUCUUGGAAUGUCCAUACAAAUAAACUCUGCUUUAGCACAUACUUGUGAUAAAUAUAUGAAGGGUUUUUACACUAGCAUAGCCCAUUAUUUUGGCAAUCAUUUUUUUUUUAUGUUUUGUAGUAUGGGUAGAAGUACUUUAAUAGCUACUUCAGUCACAAUUUUGUUUUACUUUACGCUUUUCUUCUCUUUCUAA